AUGGCAUCGCCGUUCGCCCGCGAGGGCAUCGAGAUCAAGACGCCGCGCGUGCUCAUCCGCACCGGCAGCCCCACCGACGACGCCGAGGCCUACGCGCUGUACCUGCGGAACCCGGCCAACUUCCCUCCCGGCAGCGGCGCCGCCGAGCCGGCGAUGACGACCGAGGCCGCCGCCGCGCGGCUCGCCAAGUUCGCGCGGUGGACCGCCGAGGGCGCGCACGGAUGGGUGCUGGAGGGCGAGACGGCAAUGGCGGACUUGGGCGUCAUGCUGGACCACCGGUUCUGGGGCCGGGGAUACGGGCUGGAGGUGCUGAUCGGGCUGGUGGAGUGGGCGCGGCGGGAGGUCGGCGCGGGCGUGUUCAGAACGGAGACGGAGCCGGGCAACGAGCUGUGGCGGGCGCUGAUGGCGCGCGCGGGCCUGGGCGGGAGGGAAGGUAGGGCGAGGGCGAGCUACGACGAGGACAAGGAGGUGCUGCAGUGGAGAUGGGACGUGGCGGCGUGGGAGGAGGCGAGGAGGAGCAUCGAGGCUGAGGGCAGGUGGAUUGAGAUUGAGUAG